CUUUUCAAGAUAUAUCGGCUUUGACUGUUAUUUUCUUUCCCACUGUGCAACUCGGCAAGUUUAUUUUCUGUUUUGACCGUUCAAAACACAAAUGAGUAGUGGCAUUGAUACUUUCGUCAGUAAAACCAUGCGGACACAUUCGUUUGUGAUGGUUAAACCAGGUGAGUCACGAUGAGCACAGUUUGCGGCAACUGGCGGAGACACACGAGAGCCAGCUACGAGCUAACAGGAGGGCGAGGUGACGAGUCCGCCGUGCUCCGAUGCUUGAACGAGGCCAACGCAGGAGACGAUCAUGAGAUGGAGGAAAACCUCGACUUCUUCAAGCAGGAUGACUUGGAGAGAAAGGUCAUGACCCCGCGCUACAGCCUGCUCCGUGAAAUUGGGAGGGGUACUUAUGGUGUCGUGUACGAAGCGGUGGCCCGGAAGUCCGGUGCCAGGGUAGCCGUGAAGAAGCUACGAUGCGACGCACCGGAAAACGUUGAACUCGCUCUCCAAGAGUUCUGGGCACUAACAAGUCUGGAGAAACGCCACCAAAAUGUUGUCCAACUAGAAGAGUGUGUGCUACAAAGGAACGGAAUGGCCCAAAAGAUGAGCCAUGGGAACAAACGGUCAAAACAGUAUCUCCGCCUUGUAGAAACGUCCCUCAAAGGUGAGCGAGUGCUGACGCUUCCAGAGGAGCCAUGUUACUUGUGGUUUGUCAUGGAGUUCUGCGAAGGAGGUGACCUCAACCAGUUCAUCCUGUCUCGGCGGCCUGACUCGCAAACCAACAACAGCUUUAUGCUCCAGCUUACCAGUGCUGUGGCUUUCUUACAUGAAAACAAGAUUGUACAUAGAGACCUCAAACCGGACAAUAUCCUCAUCUCUGAGAGAUCAGGGACUCCUGUCCUCAAGGUAGCAGAUUUUGGCCUGAGCAAAGUUUGUGCAGGUUUAGGAAAUGCCAUUGAGGGCAAAGAAGUUGAGGACAAAACCAAAAAUGUCAAUGUAAACAAAUUUUGGUUGUCAUCAGCAUGUGGCUCAGACUUCUACAUGGCUCCCGAAGUCUGGGAGGGUCACUAUACAGCCAAGGCUGACAUAUUUGCUCUUGGCAUCAUCAUUUGGGCCAUGGUAGAGAGAAUUACUUUUAUUGAUGCUGAAUCCAAGCGAGAGCUUCUUGGAACAUAUGUGAGACAAGGAGCAGACAUUGUACCAGUGGGUGAGGCGCUGCUCGAAAAUCCAAAGAUGGUACUGAAUAUCCCCCAAAAACGCAGGUCAGGCAUGUCUGAUGGAGUGAGGAAGCUGCUGCUGGACAUGCUUGCCGUCAACCCUCAGGACCGACCAGAUGCUUUCGAACUUCAGACAAGAAUGGACCAGGUUAUGUGUCCAUCCAGACUUUGCUCCUGAACGUUUCUCAGACGCGUAUCUUGGAGCUGCCACUUCACUGCAGUGUACCUGUUGUAUGUGAUGACAGUGAAGAUAGAGGAGGACAGCAUUUGUGUCUGCGCGUUAAUGCUUAAAUGUGUCCAUUAAACUUGUUCUUAAGAUCAGUCACUAAUCAUGAUUGAGAAUAUUUGUUUUGCCUUGAUUUUUCGAAUAAAAUAAAUCUUACAUCUCCUG